AACUCGUCACGUAUUUCACGUAGCCCGGCGCACUAUCAGGAAGCAAAUGACCCGCUGCUUAUUAGAUCACUGCCUGCCUCCAGCUGCCGCCUAUCCCUCUCGACAGAGCCGCUCUGAGUGUGUGUUGUUUAUUGUAGGAGCCAGACAGAGAUGUGUGCCUUGAAACUGUCCGUCCUGCUCGCUGCUGUCUCGGUGAGCAUCUUCCUCCUCCAGGCGUCCGGCUCGGCGGAGGGCAGGUGUUUCUGUCAGGUCACAGGUAACCUGGAUGAUUGUGCCUGUGAUGUGGAAACCAUCAAUGCCUUCAACAACGAUUUGCUUUACCCCAAACUUCAAACUCUGCUGGAAUCGGACUACUUCAGACUGUACAAGGUGAACCUGAAUAAACCGUGUCCCUUCUGGACGGACCACAGCCACUGUGGUGUGAGGGACUGCGCUGUGAAGCCCUGCUCUCCUAAUGAGGUGCCGGAGGGAAUCCGAUUGUCCAGCCACCACAAGUAUUCAGCAGAAGCCAAUGAGCAGCUGGAUGAGUGUGAGAAGGCAGAGCAUCUUGGAGCUGUAGAUGUCUCUCUCAGUGAGGAGACCAGAGAGGCUGUGCUGGACUGGAGCAAACAUGAUGAUGAGGCAGAGCGCUUCUGUGUGGUUGAUGAUGAAGAGUCCCCAGACGCCCAAUAUGUGGACUUGCUGCUGAACCCAGAGCGCUACACCGGCUACAAGGGACCAGAGGCCUGGCAAAUCUGGAACAGCAUCUAUGAGGAAAACUGCUUCAAACCUUAUACAGUUCCGCGGCCGCUGAAUCCGGCCACUUUCUACAGCAGCACAGGAAAUGAGGCAAGGACCUUCUACAGCUGGUUGGAAGGUCAAUGUGUGGAGAAAAGGGCCUUCUACCGGCUUGUCUCCGGCCUCCACGCCAGCAUCAGUGUACACUUGAGUGCCAGAUACCUCUUGGGUGAUAACUGGUUUGAGAGGAAGUGGGGCCCCAAUGCUUCAGAGUUUCAGCAGCGCUUUGACUCCGAGCUGACCAAAGGAGAAGGGCCCAAGAGGCUCCGAAACCUUUACUUUCUCUACCUGAUUGAGCUGCGAGCCCUGGCCAAAGCGCUGCCGUUCUUCCAGCAGGCCUCCUUCCAGCUGUACACGGGCCAGCUCGAGCAGGACCAGAAGCACAAAGAGCAGCUGCUGGACAUCCUGCAGCUGGCCAGAUCUUUCCCUUUGCACUUUGAUGAGACGGCUCUGUUUGCUGGAGAUAGAGAGGAGGCAGCCAAACUUAAGGAGGACAUCAGGCUGUCCUUCCUCAACAUCUCCAAGAUAAUGGACUGCGUGGGCUGCUUCAAAUGUCGGCUGUGGGGAAAACUACAAACGCAGGGAUUAGGCACAGCCCUGAAGGUCUUGUUUUCAGAGCGACAGAUUGAAGCUUUGCCCAAAUCUAGGACCGGAUGGCCUACUUUCCAGCUCAGCCGGCAGGAGAUCGUCGCUCUUCUCAAUGCCUUUGGAAGGGUUUCAACGAGCAUCAAGGAGCUGCAGAACUUCAGAUCGCUGCUGUCGGAGCAGCAGUGAUGAAGAAAGCUUUGGCAUCAUCGUCAUCAUCCAUCUUGCCAGGAUCUGAUGGCUCAUUUCCAGCCUGGACAUUUUGUGGCUACCACUGGCCACAACAUGGCCAGCCCUGCUACCUUGAUGCUACUGAAAUGUCCUUUAGACUGCC